CCCCGCCCUCAUCACUGUUAGCAGCUGUGUUUCGUAGUUACGCCGUGCCUUGGGCUUUGCACUAUGGAUCUUCCCGAACCUAUAAGAAGGCGUUUGGGAGAAUUUUCUCGAACUGUGUUCGUCAAUCAGGGUCAUUCACAACUUUCGCCUGAGGAUCAUACCACAUUUCUGAAUCACAAUACAGAUGUUGUAUCUAGUCUUCCUCUUCAGAUGGCUCUCUUCUUCAACAUGUGCUUCUUUCCUCUGUGGUGGAUUAGCGAAGUCGUAAUGCUGCAACUCAAAUAUCCUGCACUCCCUGAUUACUACAAAUUCAUCCUAAUUACCAUUUUAAUUUUAAUGACCCUCAUCGAGGUUAUCAGGCUCUACCUAGGCUAUGCAGGAAAUCUGCAAGAAAAGGUCCCUGAAUUGGCCGGCUUUUGGCUCCUCAGCCUCCUUCUGCAGUUCCCGUUGAUUCUGUUUCAGCUCUUCAAUGAAGCAAUACUCAUCCAGCCUUUGGAAAGAGGAGUUCAUAUAGUUCUGGCCUUGUUCAUUUUAACAGAGGCUCUCUCUGGUUUUGUUGCACUGCGGGCAAUGGUCAGACACACGGAAAGCCGCUUCCACCUCAGCCAGUUUAAUGGUAUUCAAGAACUCAGAUCAUGACCGCUCUGAUACUGUUAAACUGCAUAUUUUUGAGAUAUACACUUUAUUUAUAUAUAUAUAUAU